GGUUGUUUCCUCCUCUCAUCCCUCACUCACUCGACACACACACACUGUCAAUGAGGUGCAGCAUAGCAUAGCUUUGUUUAACUCAAUUUCAAACAUCAUCACUACCCUUUUUGUCAUUACCCUAUUUUCUUUUCUUCUCUUAUCAGUUUUCCUGUGCUAUCACUACGCACCACAACCACAGAAUAAGAUGGAAAUCAGUGGCACCCACAAUGGAAGUAGCAUGAUGUGGUUCUUCAAGGAUCGAGGGUUUGAUGAUAACAGCAUACAUGGAAUUUUCAGAAAGUGCAAACGCCUAGAGAGUGUUCAGAAAGAGAGAGCAAAGGAGAAUUGGGAAUACUUGAGAACCAUUGGAAUUCAAGAGAGGAAGAUUCCUUCCAUUGUUUCGAAAUGCCCCAAGAUCCUGGCCCUGGACCUCAACGAGAAGAUUGUCCCCAUGGUUGAGUGUCUCAGGACACUAGGAACAAAACCCCAUGAAGUCACCUCAGCCAUUGCCAAGUUCCCUCACAUACUCUCGCACAGCGUCGAAGAGAAGCUCUGUCCCCUCUUGGCAUUCUUUCAGGCAUUAGGCAUACCUGAGAAGCAAAUUGGGAAAGUGAUACUGAUCAACCCUCGGCUUAUCAGCUACAGCAUCGAAACAAAGUUGAAAGAGAUUGUGGACUUCCUUGCUAGCCUUGGUCUUGAUAAAGAUGGAAUGAUUGGAAAAGUCAUAAUGAAGUUCCCGUUUAUAAUGGGUUAUAGUGUUAACAAGAGGCUCCGGCCGACUUCAGAGUUUCUGAGGUCGAUAGGCCUAAGUGAGUUAGAUCUUCAGGCUGUAGCUAUGAACUUCCCUGCAAUCUUAAGUAGAGAUGCAAAAAAGGCUUUGGUGCCCAAUUAUGAUUUCUUAAAGAAAUGUGGAUUUCAAGACCCACAAAUAUCUGCUUUGGUUGUUGGUUUUCCUCCUAUCUUGAUCAAGAGCAUACAGAAUUCUUUAGAGCCAAGGAUUAGGUUUUUAGUGGACGUGAUGGGGAGACAAGUCGAUGAAGUCAUUGAUUAUCCUUGCUUCUUUCGUCAUGGCCUCAAAAGAAGGUUAGAGUCGCGGCACAAACUUCUAAAGCAGCGGAACCUAGAUUGUAGCUUGAGUGAAAUGCUGGCCUAUAAUCAGAAGAAGUUCAACAUGAAGUUUGGCUUGUUAAAAUUGAGUAACUAAUUUAUGAUUUUUGCUAUUAGUUUAAUAGUUUGAUCCAUAUAUCUGUCUUCUUUUUAAAUUUAUGGCAUUUAAUAUUCAUCUGAUUCUUUGCUCUAAUCAUAGUCUUGUGAUCUUGUGAUCUUUGUGUGACAUAUAUACUGGGGUUUCCUCUGUCAUAAUGCUGUGAUGGCAACAAGGUCUCGUGAGUCCUGUUGCCAUAUACGCAUCGGUUUUCGGCAUGUCAUUCUUUGCAGCAAGUUUCAUGGAUUGUGAAUAAAGAUUUAGGAUCACAAAUUGAAGGCUUGAGUAUUCCUUUUUGUUGUCUUCUUCAUCUUCAAUCCAUCGUAACGUCCUAAAUUUGACAUGCCAAUGUUGAGUACCAGAGGAAACAAAAAAAAUGCACCAAGAACAAGUUUACAUUACUGAAUAUGUAAGGCGGAAACUAACCUUUCAUUGAGGUAUGUUAUGUUAGCGAAAUUGAUGGGAGCCUCAAUGCUUAAAAUGAGAAAACCAGGUACUCUCACAGCUUCCUUAUACUGAUGAAGAUUUCUAUAUAUGUCUGUCCCUGGUAUCUUUCCCAACAUAACUGUUUUAGGCCUUGUAAUUUGCAGUAAGAUCUUAAAUGUUGAUAAUCCAACCUGAUCAAUAGUACAAUCAUUAGUUGUCAAUCAAAAAGAGCUCCAAUGUGUGUUUUUUUUUUUCUACUUGUGAUUCCACAUAUGCAUGUCUCUGCAUUCUAGUCACUCCCUUGUUUUAGAUGCAUAAAUAGGAUAUAUCCAAAAAACAGUGGAUCUUGUUUUAUCUAGAGAAAGUAAGGAAUUAGUGAAUUACUCCUUUGUGUUCUUUUUUUAUGUCGUUGACCUUUUUUGGUGCAUCGUUUUAUCGAGAGUAAAGUUUGUUUUUUGUCUGUAACUUUUGUGUUUUUCUUCAAAAAUACCUCCAACAUUUAAUUUCAUUUAAUUUUAUCCAUAACGUUUUCGAUUUGUGUCAAUUAUCCCUAGACAUUAACUUCAUUUAAAACAUUAUGGACAAAAUUGAAAACAUCCAGGGGCAGCUUUGACACUAAUAAGAAACGUUAAGAGAUAAAAUUGAAUGAAUCAAAAAUGUUGGAGGACAAAAUUGAAUGAAAUUAAACGUUAGGGAUAUUUUUAAAGAAAAUAGUAAACUUUAGGGACAAAAAACAUACCUUAUUUUUUUUAUCAAUGUAUCUAUUAUAUCUAGAUAUAUUGAUUUAAAGAUGUACCAGAAAGUGACAAUGACAUAGAAAAACCGGAGGAAAUUUGAGAAAAACAUGAAGAAACUCGUGAACUUACUGCGAGAGCAAGUCCUUGCUGGACAGAGAUGAAAAUAACACCAAAGAAUGCAGUCAACAUAACAAUGAAAUCGAAUUUGUCGAUCCUCCAGA